UGCAUUUAGAAAUUCGCUAGCAUAUUAUUCAAACUAAUGCUGCAGACACGGUUACUUGCUAGUCCGGCAGCGCACUUGAGAAGACUCGCCAGCAGCGGGCUUCGACAGCCAGCCUUCGUAUACUCGCAGGCACGGUUCUAUGCGGCAGGGAAGAAGGCGGUUGAGAACAAACGCGGCGAGAUUGAUAUCUCGACGUACCCGCCUGAACGGAUCCGCAACUUCAGCAUCAUUGCACACAUUGACCACGGCAAGAGCACACUGGCCGACCGUCUGCUGGAGCUGACAGGCGUGAUCUCCAAGGAGAACAAGAACAGGCAGGUCUUGGACAAACUUAAGGUGGAGCGGGAGCGCGGGAUCACGGUCAAAGCUCAGUCAGCCAGCAUGCUCUACGAAUACAACGGCGACAAGUACCUGAUGAAUCUAAUUGACACACCGGGACACGUCGAUUUCAGCUACGAGGUCUCCAGAUCGCUGGCAGCAUGUCAGAGCACGAUUCUGCUGGUGGAUGCGGCGCAGGGGAUCCAGGCGCAGACAGUAGUGCCGGUCAUGAACAAGGUCGAUCUGCCGACGGCUGAACCAGAGCGCACAGCGGAGCAGAUCGAGAGUACAUUUGAGAUCGAUACCAAGGACAUUAUUCGGAUUUCAGCCAAGACUGGGCUGGGUGUCGACCAGGUGCUGCCAACAUUGAUUGAGAAGACGCCGCCGCCGCAGGGCAGCAAGGAUAAGCCGUUCAAGGCAUUGCUGUUUGAUACGUGGUACGACACGUAUGUGGGCGUGGUGUGUCUGCUGGCUGUGAAGGACGGGUCGGUUAAGCGUGGCGACCGGAUUGUGUCGAGCCACUCGGGGACCAAGUAUGAGGUCAGCGAGGUCGGCAUCAUGUACCCGGAGCAAACGCCGACCACGUCGCUGCAGGUGGGCCAGGUGGGCUAUGUGGUCUGCAACAUGAAGUCCAUUGCCGAAGCGCAUACAAGCAUCCCGGUGGAAGCACUGCCAGGGUUUGUGCCGGCAAAGUCGAUGGUGUUUGCCGGUGUGUUCCCGAUCGAUGCGGGGGAGUUUGACCGCCUCAAGGAGUCGAUCCAGAAGCUGACGCUGAACGACUCGAGCGUCAGCGUGCACAAGGAGACCAGCGCAGCGCUGGGCCAGGGCUGGCGCCUGGGGUUCCUGGGCACAUUGCACAUGGACGUGUUUCGGCAGCGGCUGGAGGAGGAGUAUGAUACGAACAUCCUAGUCACGUCACCGACGGUGCCGUACCAGAUCGAGUACAAGGACGGCACAACCAAGUUCAUCCGCACUCCAGCGGAUUUCCCCGACGGCACUGUGCUACAGGACUUUGUGCAGGCGACCCUGGAGCCGUAUGUGACUGCGACGCUGAUCUUCCCCGAGGCGUACCUGGGCCACAUGCUGGAGCUGUGCAGCUCGCACCGCGGCGACAUCCUCGACCAUACGUGCAAGCUGCCGAUGGCGGAGAUUGUGACUGACUUUUAUGACAAGCUGAAGUCCAAGUCCCAGGGCUUUGCCAGCUUUGACUACGAGGAUGCUGGCUACGGGCCCUCGGAUCUGGUCAAGAUGGAGGUCCUGCUGAACAACGAGCCGGUGGAUGCCCUGGCAGCACGGCUCAAGGAGGUGAUCCGCCGGCAGCUGUUUGAUAUCAUCAUCCAGACAGCCUCCAACGGCAAGAUCGUGGCCCGGGAGACGGUCAAGCAGCUGCGCAAGAAUAAGGAGGGCAAGAAGCGCAUGAAGAAGAUCGGCAAGGUGGAGCUGCCGCAGGAGGCGUUCUUGAGCAUUAUGACCAAGAGCGAUAGCUGAGGCGAUAGGAGUAGACGCAGCUAAUGUGCAGCCGAUCCCGCGUUCGCUUUA